AUGCCAGACCGACAAUUCAACCUUACCGUCCUCAUCUCAGGCAAUGGCUCCAACCUGCAAGCCCUCAUCGACGCAUGCGCAUCUGGAGCACUGCCAAACACUCGCAUAACACACGUCAUAUCAAACCGUAAAGCAGCAUACGGCCUCGAACGUGCCGCCAAAGCCUCAAUACCAACAACAUACCACAACCUCGUUCCAUACAAGAAGAAGCACCCAGACGCCAUUGACACGGCCCGCGAACAAUACGACGCCGACCUCGCGAAAAUCAUUCUCGACUCGAAACCGCGCCCCGACCUCAUUGUAUGCGCGGGUUGGAUGCACAUUGUCACUCCGUCUUUCCUCACCCCCAUCGCCGCCGCCAACAUCAAAAUCAUAAACCUGCACCCUGCACUGCCCGGCGAGUUUGCUGGAGCGGGCGCGAUCGAGCGGGCGUGGAAAGCUGGAAAAGAGGAGGGGCUGAAGAGAACAGGCGUUAUGAUUCACGAGGUAAUUGCCGAGGUGGACGCUGGCGAGCCAGUGUUAACAAAAGAAGUGGAGCUGAAGGAAGGGGAGAGUUUGGAGGCGUUGGAAGAGAGAAUUCAUGCUGUGGAGCAUGGAGCUAUUGUGGAGGGGACGAGAAAAACGCUGGAGAAGAUUGGUCGGGGAGAGUGA